GCUCCCUCUCUCAAAAGUUCGAACUUUCAAGCCGCCACCAAAAACCAGAGUCAUCACAAGGAAGAAGAAGAAGAAGAAGAAGAAAACUCAAACCCACACGAAUGCAAGGUGCAUUGGAAUUACCACCUGGUUUCAGAUUCCACCCCACUGACGAUGAACUUGUCAAACACUACUUGUGUGCCAAGUGUGCUUCUCAACCCAUCAAUGUUCCCAUUAUCAAAGAACUCGACCUCUACAAGUUUGAUCCAUGGCAGCUUCCAGAUAUGGCUCUUUACGGUGAGAAGGAAUGGUACUUUUUCACUCCCAGGGACCGGAAGUACCCCAACGGUUCACGGCCGAACCGGGCUGCUGGAACCGGGUACUGGAAGGCGACCGGAGCGGAUAAGCCGAUCGGAAAACCGAAGACUCUGGGGAUCAAGAAGGCGCUGGUUUUCUAUGCAGGGAAAGCACCUAAAGGUGUGAAGACUAAUUGGAUCAUGCAUGAGUAUCGUCUUGCCAAUGUUGAUCGAUCUGCCACCAAGAAAAACAACAACAAUUUAAGGCUUGAUGAUUGGGUGUUGUGUCGAAUUUACAACAAGAAAGGGAAGAUUGAGAAAUAUGAGAGUGUGGUUGGGGUGAUGGAUCAUUUUUCUGAGGAGAAUCAUGAGAUGAAGCCUGAGAUUAAGAUGUAUGGCCAUGAUGAUUUCAGGAAUGAGCACCAGCUGUAUACGGAUACAUCAGAUUCGGUUCCAAGGUUGCACACGGAUUCCAGCUGCACGGAGGAGCACGUGCUGUCGCCGGAGGUCACGUGCAGCAAGGAGGUGCAGAGUGAGAUCAAGUGGAAUGAGCUUGACCCAGUUGCAGCCUCCUUUGAUUUUGAUAUGAAUUUAAUAAUGGAUAACACCAACAAUCACAACAUGAACAUGAACAUGAACAUGUCAGCAGUGGUGGAUGACCCUUUUGCCCCUCAGGUUCAGUACCAGAUGAACCAGCUCUCUUCACAUUUUGAUUCAUAUUCUUUUUGGAACACUUAGAGGAUGAAAUUAUGAAAGUGACCCACAAGUUUCCAUUCACACCAACCUAACUACUGUUACUGCAAGUGGACUAAUGGAAGUGAUGCCUCACACAAUGGUGGGGAUUGUUGAAGUUGGCUGUUAUUUGAUUGAUUCAGGGAAAUUGAGAUCUUUUGAAACUAGAACAAUAAGCAGUUAAUUUGAUCUCAAAUGGGGUGAAGAAUUGAAGAUCCAAAUAGUCAUUUUAGGAUAUUGUAGAAGAUUCUUGUUUCAAUGGUAUUGUGUUAGGAUUUUUUUAUAUGGUUAUGAAACAAUAUGUAUAAUAUAUCUUUUUUUAGUUAUAUUUCAGAAUGAUUCAGUUUAAAA